AUGAGCCGCUGCGUAAUCGUCAUCAACAACGGCCAACCCGGUCACGGUCAUCCGGUCUCGGUAGUCAAUGACUACAUAACGAGUCCUCCAACAGACAUCAACAGGCUCAAGUUCAAGCAUAUCCCCAUUUUACAUUCCUUCCUGCGGCGUCAUAAAAUCACAAGAAAAUACCUGCCGCAUGUCGACAAAUUGCGACCAAUACAGCAAGUCAAUCUCGCGAUCUUCGGUUACCACAUGGAGGUGUUGGAAGACCUAGCCGAUCGCUUGGAAAGGGGUCAAGGCAUAUCGAGGCAACAGCAGGCCUUCAUCAACAGCAUCGCAUCGGGCGGCGGCAACGGUCCAUACUGGGCGUGGUUCAUGGAGUUGAAAUGCGCGGUCGAGUUGGUUGAAUUGACGGUGUAA